AUGUCCCAACAUAGACAACAGAAUAAGAAGUCUAGAAAGCCAAGAACCAAUAAAAGUCUAGCAACGCCACCCAACUUUAGCGCGCAAUGCCAUUUUACCCAGUAUAACUUCAAAUGUAAACAUCAUACUUGGCUGGAGAAUCCCAAAAUCACCCACGUGCCACCCUGCAAAUGCAAACAACACAAGAACCUCUGUGGGAAUAUGGCGAAGGCUAACAAGGAAGUGUGGUUUGAUGAGAUGUGUGAGAGCUGCCAGUCACUCGUUCCAGUGUCAGAACCAAAUUCAAGUUCAGGUUUGGGUCUUGGACUUGAUUCCAAGCUACCCAUGGCGCAAGCUGUACGCAAGCGUAUUCUCGAACUUGAACACGAGCAGGAGCAGAACGCUAAAACUCCUCAGAAUGCAAUAGCCACAACGUUAUCGCCCCCUUUAAAUCCGGCAUUGGGACCAGAACCUUUGACGUUGACCAGCAACUGGGGACUUGAUGAACCUCCCAUCCCUCGAACGACCACAGAUCCGAAAAUCCAACCUACAGAAAGGGCAGAUUCGAAGAGUAGUACCGAACAAAAGACGGUCAGUAAUAACCAAACUACUACCAACCCCAAGUCUACUACUCAAAAUAACGAUGCACAUGCGAAGCCCUCGCCAAAAUCAUCCGAUAUCGAUUUCGACGACGACGAUUCCGAUGACGAUGAAGAACAAUUUCGGAUAGGCAAAGACCGGGUGCAGUGGCUUUCUAUGCCUGUGGAAAAGAAUGGCGAAGGCUCAGCAGAUAAGGAGCCAGGCAUCAUUGGGAAGGUUUACAAUACUCUUCGUUGGAAAUCUACACCAAAGUUCGUGUUGAAGGAGCCUGAACCUAAGCCCCAAGCAACGGAUGAAGCGAAGGAGGAUUCGGACUCAGACAUGCCAUGGGAGGAUCAUGGGGAAUGGGUGCACGUUACAGAGAACGUAGAGGAGAAUUGA